AUGACUAAACAUAAGCAGGAGUUCGAUACAGAGCAGCGUCCUGACCUGACUAAGGAAGUGUAUCUACAAGAUAUCCACUGUGUGGGGUCCCUCUGCAAACUGUACUUCCGCGAGCUGCCCAAUCCUCUUCUCACAUAUGAGCUCUACAAAAAAUUCACAGAGGCAGUCUCUGCUGAGUCAGAGGAGGAGCAGCUGAUCAGAAUCCAAAGUGUCAUUAAAGAGCUACCUCCUACACAUUACAGAACUCUGGAAUACCUGAUCAAACAUUUGACACAUAUUGCUUCCUUCAGCACAAAGACAAACAUGCACUCUAGGAACCUGGCCCUUGUCUGGGCUCCCAAUUUAUUAAGAUCAAAAGAAAUAGAAGGGUCUGGAUAUAACAACGAUGCUGCAUUUCUGGAGGUUCGAGUCCAGUCCAUCGUUAUUGAAUUCAUCCUGAAUCAUGUCAAUCAGCUCUUCAUUAGCAACACAGUCCAACUUGCGCAGGACACUGAAGCACACAAUCCUAUUGCAAAAUGCAAAUCACUCCCUAUUGUUUCACCAUCAAUGAAGCUUUUAACCUUAGAGGAAGCCCAGGCCAGGACUCUGAGACCUGACCAUCCUGCUCGUCUUGAAAAAUCACACUGUGCUCCAAUGGACACUGGACCUGCUGCUGGGACUAUUUAUCACACAAUUAUUGAUCUGCCAGAUCCCAGGUAAGCA